AAAAAAAGGGGAAAAAAAGGGGGGAAAAAAAAAAAGGGAAGAGUUGAGUCAGUCUAACAAACUUUUGCAGGACAGAUUUAAAGGCAGGGGAAAAAAAAGAUUAUAUUAGAAGACAUUAGGUGAAAAAGCAACGAGACGCACAGUACAGCGGAUAACUUGCCACGUCUGUCCUACUGAGCAGGAAACAAAAAACUUUCUGCGCUUCCUGCUUUCAGCGUCUGAAAACCAUCUCCAAGGUUUAACCGAUUACAACAACUGUAAGCAAGCUGAAAAGGGUCCUGUCUCGUCACUACUACAAGUUGACUCGUUGGCGGGGCGUUGGUUUGUUCCCCCGGUCUUCCUCCUCCUCCUCCUCUAACACACUCAUCACUGUGCGCGCACACACACGAUCCAAAGGCGCAGGACGACGCAACCCACAUCCCUUCAUCACACUACGCUUUAAAAGAGGGGGAAAAACACAAGAAAGAACGCGUUUAAAAUGGCCGGAACAAACAGCAUCGACGCGGUGAAGAGAAAGAUUAAAGUUUUGCAGCAACAAGCCGACGAGGCAGAAGAAAGGGCCGAGAUUUUGCAGAGACAAGUCGAGGAAGAGAAGCGCGCCCGAGAGCAGGCUGAGGCAGAGGUGGCCUCUCUGAACAGGCGUAUCCAGCUGGUUGAGGAGGAGCUGGACAGAGCUCAGGAGAGACUGGCUACAGCCUUACAGAAGCUGGAAGAGGCUGAGAAGGCAGCAGAUGAGAGUGAGAGAGGCAUGAAGGUGAUUGAGAACAGGGCUCUGAAGGAUGAGGAGAAGAUGGAGUUACAGGAGAUCCAGCUGAAGGAAGCCAAGCACAUUGCUGAGGAGGCCGACCGCAAAUACGAGGAGGUGGCUCGUAAGCUGGUGAUUGUCGAGGGAGAGCUGGAGCGCACUGAGGAGAGAGCUGAGCUCGCCGAGGCUAAAUGUGCAGAACUGGAGGAGGAGCUGAAAAAUGUCACCAACAAUCUAAAGAGUCUGGAGGCUCAGGCUGAAAAGUAUUCCCAGAAGGAAGACAAAUACGAGGAGGAGAUCAAGAUCCUGACUGAUAAACUGAAAGAGGCUGAGACUCGUGCUGAGUUUGCCGAGAGGUCCGUAGCCAAGCUAGAGAAGACCAUUGAUGACCUGGAAGAUGAGCUCUAUGCUCAGAAACUCAAGUACAAGGCCAUUAGCGAAGAGCUGGAUCACGCCCUCAACGACAUGACCUCUAUAAAAGCUAAAAGAUGCCAAGGAGGAGAACCUCAAGAUCCAUGCCACUCUAGACCAGACCCUGAGCGAACUGAACAGCUUCUAAACAUCUUGGACCAGGACAUUCCCCCUUUCCCAUUUUCAACACACUCAUCUCAUGUCUCCGAUUCAGUUCAAGUAGUCUAAUUUGCCCAAUGUUGUUUCCUUUCACCUUUCCACUCCCUUCACUCAAAUUCUCUUAAAGCUGAGCUCACAGAACCGAGCAGCUCUGGCAGCACAGCUCUAAGCAAAUUUGCGACAUGUUUUUUGUCUUCAAGAGUCUUGACUGUGGCGCUAGAAGUGGCAUUUUAACCCUUCUUUCACCCUGUUGUGUCUGUGUAUUGUAUUUGGCAGAAUUCAGAAGAAUUGGUGCUUUUUCACAUGUGCCAAAUCCCUAAAGUUAUUCAUCUUUCAGUGUGUUGCUUUGUGACAAAGCUUGGGUACAGUUCACUUGUCCCUUUCCUCCAUAAACAUUGUGGUCUCUAGACAUCAUCCUUCCCUAAAGCCUUUUUUUGAACUACUAUUUAGGCACCUUUUGCGUAUAAUCAUUGCCCUGUGGUAAAUGUCUGCGGAUGCACCUGCUCUUUUUUCCUCUCUAGCUAUUGCUGUUUUCCUGCAAGCUUUUGGGUCCAUUUCUAACGGUGAUGUCUUAAAAUGGUCUGGUUUCAAAACGAGCGUCUUUAAAUUGUUAUUUUGUUGUAAGCUUAGUUAUACGUAUUGUGUCCAGGCAUGAUGUUUGUCACUGUUUUAACAGUAAAACCGGCUUGCCUUGUUCGAACCACUACAUGUGAAACACUCCACUGUUAAGGGCUCGUGGCAAAAGUCAAGGCAGGAAAUUUGCUAAGCGUUCAUUACCAACGAUGGACUUGUCUUGCUUUUCAAUAGAGCAAUUAAAAAAAAACAAGAAAAAACAAGCACCAAGCUGGAGCAAGGGAUUUUUACAGACAACUGAGCAUCGUCACUGCCACAUGUUUCAUUUUACAGUGCUACAUAUUCCAGCCCAGAAACUGAGAGAAAAGGGUAACAUUUAAAAGUCAAAAAUAAAUAAAUGAUUUAAGAGCAAAUGCAUAUUUUUAACUGGAAGAAGUCCUCAAUUCAUAUAUAAUCACUUUCUUUGUAAUGGUGAAUUUUUUUGUUUGUUUAUUUUUAAAUAAAAUCCAUGAUUUUUUUUUUAAUGUCA